CUUUGCAACUCGACAAAUCAAACAUUUUAUAUAUCUCAUUUCUCAACUUAAAUAUUGGACAUGCAAUCGUUGUAUAUUAUAAUUGCAUUACUGGCUAUUUUCGCGAUGGAUUUCGAGAGUGCAGCCGCGUGCAAUUGCGAGCACUGUGAUGAGGAAGGAGUGAUCGGUUUGAAAGUGAAGACGACUACUACUCAGGCCAUGUACCAAGAGGACCGUGAUAAUGAUGGUAAUCGAACAAUUUGCGCCAGGAAUCGCGAGUUUAAAGAUCGCACGUUCCAAAGCGUCUGUUAUAUGUUAUGUUACAAUCGUUGCACGAAAUACCGAAUGGUGGCAGUUAAAAAGAACGAUACAAAGAAGUAUGUUACAAUUGCAUACAGACCGAAUUAUUAUAAAUUAAGAGAUGGCGCGUGCUGAAAGAGGGAAUUGUUCUUUUCUACGAAUGGUAAUUGAAAAGCUGUACAAUCACUAUAGGAGUUUGAAGUAAUUUGCAAAAGUAAUUUUGCAAAAGUUCAAAUUGUUUCUAUUAAUAUGC